AUGAUCUCUGAAUCAAUAGUUUAUGUUUGGGGAGGUACUAUCCUCAAUAAACUUUCUAGCUGACAAUGAAGGAUAAUUGGGAUUAGGGAAAAAUCGAGGAUCCUCCUAAUAUUAUCAUAUCCCUAAAAUUUGCCAUUACAAAAUUGGUUUUAUUUAAGUUUCUUGUGGAAAAGAUCAUACUGCUUUACUCACUUAAAAUGGGCAUGUGUAUACUAUGGGUUGCAAUGAGCAUAAUAAAUUAGGGCAUUUAACUAAACAAUCCUUAAAUGCUCCUAAAAAAAUUGAAUAAUUAAGCAAGUAUAAUCUCUUAUAUUAAAAGAGUGUUAUACAAAUCUCUUGUGGUUACACACACACUGCAUGUAUUACAUCUGAUGGAUCUCUAUUCACUUGGGGAGACAAUUCUGCUAGUCAAUUAGGAGUUAAACAGAAUGGAAAUUUAAAUAAAAUUAGUACUCUUACAAAUUGCAUUCAAGUAUCAUGUGGUAAUAAGCAUACAUUAGUAUUGAAUGGUAUUUUGAGUUAUUAAUUUUUUUAAGAUUCCUAAGAAUGCUUUGGGUUUGGAUUAAAUGAUAGUUGUUAAUUGGGAAUGUCAAGAUUAAAAAAUGUUGUUGAACCUACUAAAAUAAAAUUGCCUCCAAUAUAAUAAAUUUGUGCUGGGAAUUUGUUUUCAUUGUUCUUAACUCAAGAUGGAAUAGUCUAAAUUUGUGGAUAAGGUUUUGGAAAUUUAUAAUAAUUGAACUACAAAUGUAUAUUAUUCUAUUUAAAAGUAGAAAAAUUUAUUAAGAUUGAUGGUAAAAGCACUCCAAUAGGUUUGACUUCUACAAAUGAACUAAUUUUUUUUGAAUUAGAUGAAUAAUUAUAGAAUAUAAAAGAUUUUUGUAUGGGAGAAUUGGUCGGAAUGUGCAUAGGAGAUAAAGCAUAUUAAUGGUAAUUUGAUCCAGAAUAGAAGAGAGUUAUUCAAUUAAAAUCAAUUGAUUAAUUAUCCUGUAAAUAAUUAAUACAUUUUUCUGCUGGAAAUAGCCAUUUGAUAUGUAUAGAAUAGAAAGGAUCGUCUAGUUUUGUAGAAAGUGUUUGUAGUUCAACAACAACUAUAAGGGGAAAGCAUGAGGAAAGAAGCAGAAGCAAUUAUAUUGAAAAGCAAGAUAAUUCCUAGAAUUUAAGAAUUUAGUAAUUAGAAAAAUAAUUAGAAGAAAAAGAUAGACUGAUUUAAUAGAUGAAAAUAGAUUAUUAAACAAAAUUACAAUAGAUGCAAUAAAAAUAGAAAGAUAUGGAAAUCUAAUUAUAAAAUAAAGAUAAAGAAAUAUCAAAAUUGUAAUAAUAGAUAUUAAAAUAUAAGAACUAUAGAGUUACAUCGUUUAUAAGAAGAUCAUGAAAAUAGGGAUUCAGAUUCCGAGAUACUAUAAUGUCAUGUACAAGAUGAUGAAAAUAAUGAUGAAGAUGAUAUCAAAGUUUUAAAAAAAUAAAUUUCUUUACCAUAUUAGUAACCAAAUUUUACUAAUCAUCAUGCUUCUUAUUCAUAGUUACAAAAUUAUUCGAAUCAUUAGUAAGUGAAGAGUCCUGUAAAAUCUUUGAUAAAAGAAAAUUAAUAUGAAGAUAGUCUGUAGAAAAAUAAAUUCUGUAAAACUGAUCAUGAUAAGGAGGGAAAGUACUAGUCUUUUGAAAAGCAAAAGAAAAAGGAAGUUUUGAAUGAAAGACCUUAAAGUUCCAUCAGAGAGAAGACUAGCAAUAAUAAUGAGAAGACGAAUCUUUCUACAAUAAAAUUAAGAUUAACAGAUUUAUAAAAGAACAAAGAACAACUUGAAUAAAGAAUGAGAUAAUUUGAAGAUCGUCUUAGGGAAAAUAAGCUAUAUACGAAGUGA